AAGGUACCUGGCCUGGUGACUUUAAAGAAGCUCCCCUGCGUUAGUUUUGCUGGUGUUGAUAGUCUGGAUGAUGUUAAAAAUCAUACAUACAAUGAAUUAUUUAUAUCUGGAGGUUUUAUUGUUUCUGAUGAAUCCAUUCUAAAUCCAGAAGUUAUCACAAUUGAAAACCUUAAAAAUUUUUUGACAUUCCUUGAGGAACUUAGUACUCCAGAAGGAAAAUGGCAAUGGAAAGUCCACUGUAAGUUUCAGAAAAAACUAAAGGAACUGGGCAGAUUGAAUGCUAAAGCUCUAAGUCUGUUGACGCUUCUGAAUGUCUAUCAGAAGAAACAUCUGGUUGAAAUUUUGUCUUACCACAAUUGCGAUUCACAAGCUCGAAAUGCUCCAGAAUUGGACUGCCUCAUUAGACUUCAGGCUCAGAAUAUACAGCAACUACACAUUGUUUUUUUAACAGAAAAGAAUAUCCAGAUGCCCUCAAGUUAUACAGACAGUGGAAUAGUAGUUGCAUCUGCUGCAGCUUUUAUGCAAAACUUUAAAGAUCUCGUGGGCUAUCACAACUUGGUCACAGAAGAAAACCUUCCACUGCUUGGUGCUAAUGAGAAUCUUGAGUCGCAGUCAGCUCUUUUAGAAAACGAUGAAAAGGAUGAAGAGGAUAUGUCUCUGGAUUCAGGGGAUGAAAUCUCACAAAUAGAAGUGUACAGCAGUUCAGAAAUAUUGGCGAAAGAGACCAAAGGAUCACGUGGAACAGAUCAAAAUAAGAAUAUUCAAAUUGAGUUGCAGUCUUCUCUUGACGUGCAAAAAAGUUUAUUAGAAGAUAAGACUUAUCAAAUUGAUUCUGAAGAGAGAGCUUCUAUUGAUGUAAGCUCUGAAGGACAGAACAAUUCAGCUGAACAAGAUUCAUAUAGCAACUUUCAGGUUUAUCAAAAUCAAUUAAAUAUGUCCCAUCAGUGUAGUCAUUUUAAUGCUCUCACUCACCAGACAUUUUUGGGAACACCAUAUGCCCUUUCAUCAAGUCAGUCUCAAAGUGAAAAUUACUUUUUAUCUGCUUAUUCUGAAAGGUUGGGGGGAAAAUGACUUUCCAGGCCAUCUUCAAAAGAAAAAUAAUUACAGUAACUUUUUUUUUUUUUUACAUAGGUUGUUAAUGGACUUUUUCUGUUUCUUAAAAGUGAAUUAACAAUUUAUAUUUCAUUCUUUAAGCAAGAGGUUUCUGUCCUUACUGAAAUGUUUCCCCCCUUUUAUUUAAAUCAUGAUGGCCUGUAACCGUUAAAGCAUAUGGAAAUUGAAAUAAAUAUAUAUAUAUAUAUAUAUAUUUUUAA